UCACAUAACCGAAGGAUCAAGCUAUGGCUCGAUUAUCCAUAUGUUUACUCGUAAUUUUCCUAGCCAUUGUGGCUGAGGCAGCUCCUCAAAAGCCAAAGAAAGCAAGAAAGUGCCGUGACAAGAAGAACUACCCUGUAUGUUUCAAAACUAAAAACCUCUAUUGCCCACCAGAGUGUCCUCGUAACUGUUAUGUGGAUUGUGCUACAUGCACCCCAGUUUGCUCAAAGCCAUCUAAAUCUCCACCACCUUCUCUGAGCCCACCUCCAACUACGUCCACCCCACCUUCAUCAAGCACUCCACCUCCAGCAACUACUACCCCCCCUACUCAAUAUCCUCCACCCCCACCAGAUUCAAGUGAAUCAGCUCCAAUGAGAGCUAGGUGCAAAAACAGGAACUAUGCCACUUGCUAUGGUCAGGAGUACACCUGUCCUAGUGCCUGCCCCUAUCAAUGUGAGGUUGAUUGUACCAUUUGCAAGGCUGUUUGCAACUGUGACCGGCCAGGUGCUGUGUGCCAAGACCCGCGGUUCAUCGGUGGAGAUGGAAUCACCUUCUACUUCCAUGGAAAAAAAGACCGAGACUUUUGCAUAGUUUCUGAUUCUAACUUACACAUCAAUGCUCACUUCAUCGGUCGCCGCAACGAAAAGUUGACGAGGGACUUCACUUGGGUGCAAUCUCUAGGCAUUCUCUUUGGCACCCAUAAACUCUUCAUCGGUGCUCAAAAGACAGCUACAUGGGAUGACUCCGUCGACCGCCUUUCGUUAGCCUUAGAUGGAGAGCCCAUAUACCUCCCUGGUGGGGAAGGCAUGAAGUGGAAGGCAGAAAUAUCACCAAGUGUGACCAUCACAAGGUCUAGUGACGCAAAUGCUGUAGUCAUCGAAGCGGAAGACAAUUUCAAGAUCAAGGCAGCCGUGGUGCCUAUUACACAGAAGGAUUCAAGAAUUCACAACUAUGGCAUUGCCUCAGAGAAUUGCUUUGCACAUCUUGAUUUGAGCUUCAAGUUCUACAAAUUGAGUGGAGAUGUAAAUGGUGUUCUAGGCCAGACAUAUGGUAGCAACUAUGUGAGUAGGGUUAAGAUGGGGGUUCUCAUGCCUGUUUUGGGCGGUGAAAAGGAAUUUGCAUCUUCAAAUAUUUUUGCUACAGACUGUGCUGUUGCUCGAUUUAGUGGUCAGCAUCCUAGGGGCAAUUCUUCAGAGAAUUUCGAGUAUGCCAACUUACAUUGUGCUAGUGGAAUCGAUGGUCGUGGAGUUGUCUGCAAUAGAUAAAAUUAUCUCUCUGACUCUCGCAGAAAGCUAUAAAAAGCAGUUCUAUAUUAAGUUUAUAAUAAGGUCAGAUCUAUACUAGAAUAGGUCAGGCUGGUUCCAGUUUGUAAUCAUGAAUAUUUUCUUGCUUCACUAAUAUGAUUCAAUAAUUGUUUGUGU